AUGGCACUAAAAACAACAGAAUUGAAGGAAAUUGAAAACACCAUUGUAAAGUUUUUAAGGGAAGAAAUUGGCCCAUUACUAAAGGAAAAAGCAGGCACAAAAUUUGACAGUUAUAAGGACAAGGCAAAUGAUGUUGACCUAGUCACUGUUAUGGAUACUAAGAUUGAAAAAAUGAUCCGUGAAUUUUUGGCCGAAAAGUACCCAUCAUUCGAGUUUAUUGGUGAAGAAAGCUAUAUUAAGGGAGUCACCAAGAUCUCGGAAAAACCUACCUUUAUUGUUGAUCCAAUUGAUGGUACCUUGAAUUUUAUUCAUGGAUAUCCAUUUAGUUGUACUUCAAUUGGUCUUACUGAAUAUGGUAAGCCCGUGGUAGGAGCAGUUUUUAACCCACACUUGAAUCAGUUAUUCCAUGCAUCUAAGGGGAACGGCGCAUAUAUGAAUGACACCAAAAUCAACGUUAAAGAAAGAAGUCUAGUUUUACAGAAAUCUUUAUUUGCAUUUGAAGGUGGGGCUGAAAGAACUGAUGCUAAAGGCACAAACUUCGAUAUCAAGAUGGCUACUUUAAGAAACCUUUUGAGUGAAAAUAGCGCAUUCAUGCAUGGUAUGAGAACACUAGGAAGUGCAGCCCUGAAUAUGUGCUAUACAGCUACUGGGGAGGUUGACGUGUAUUGGGAAGGUGGCCCAUGGGCUUGGGAUGUUACUGCAGGCUGGUGUAUUCUAGAAGAGGCUGGUGGCUUCGUGGCUGGUGGUAAUCCAGGUGAUUGGAAUGUUCAUGUUGACUCAAGAUGCUACUUAGCCGUUAGAGGAGGGGCCAGUUUGAAAGAACAAAAGGCCUUUGUCUCAGAGUUCUGGAAACAAAUUCCAGCACCAUUGAAGUAUUAA